UCGCUCCAUUCCGGCCGCAUCCACCGCCAUCCGAGUGCCUCAAAGAGCGAGAGGUGGUGAGCGGGACCGCAGGGCGCGCCCUUCGGCAGACCCCAGCCAGGCCUUGGGGGGCACGGGCGGCAGCAUGGACACCAAGCGCUGCUUCGCCAACCGCUUCGAUGACUACCAGGGCAGCCUGCUGGCGGGCCAGUGCGAGGAGGCGGUGGCGCCCUUGGUCACCGCCACCAUCGAGCGCAUCCUCCAGGAGCUGCCCCCGCUGGGGGGCGGCGCUGAGGGCCGGGGGGCGGCGGCCGCGGCCAGCAGUUGCCAGGGAGGGCUGUACGGCGGCGUGGCCGGGGUGGCCUACAUGCUCUACCACGUCUCUCAGAGCCCGCUCUUCGCCGGGGCCCGGGAGCGCUACCUGCGCUCGGCCAAGCGCCUCAUCGACGCGUGCGCCCGCGCCGAGGAGUGGGGCGAGCCGGACGCCGACACCCGCGCCGCCUUCCUGCUCGGGGGCGCGGGCGUGUACGCCGUGGCCACGCUUGUGUACCACGCCCUGGGCCGGUCCGACUACGUGCAGCCGCUGGGCAAGUUCCGGUCUCUGUGCGCCGUCUGCGCGCCGGUUUCCUUCCUCGAGUGCGGCUCCGACGAGCUGUUCGUGGGCCGCGCGGGCUACCUGUGCGCCGCGCUCGUGCUCAAGCAGAAACUCGCCCAGGAGGUGCUGACCCCAGCACAGAUCAAAUCAAUUUGCCAGGCAAUCCUGGACUCCGGGAAGCAAUAUGCCAUGAAAAAGAGGAAACCAUUCCCACUGAUGUAUUCUUACUAUGGAACCGAAUACUUGGGAGCAGCUCAUGGCCUGUCGUCCAUCCUCCAGAUGCUUCUUUCUUACCAUGAGCACCUUAAGCCCUCGGAUCAGGAGCUGGUGUGGCAGAGCGUGGACUUCCUUAUGGAGCAGGAGCAGAACUGCAACUGGCCACCUGAGCUCGGCGAGGCCAUCGAGAGGGAGAACGAGCUGGUGCACUGGUGCCACGGCGCCCCAGGAAUUGCCUAUCUGUUUGCAAAAGCUUAUCUGGUUUCCAAGAAACCACAGUACCUGGACACAUGUAUCCGGUGUGGGGAACUCACGUGGCAGAAGGGCCUGCUAAAGAAGGGGCCAGGGAUUUGCCACGGGGUAGCUGGCAGUGCCUAUGUCUUCCUGCUGCUAUACCGGCUCACGGGAAACUCUAAAUACAUCUACCGAGCCCAAAGGUUUGCUGAAUUUUUGUUUACCGAGGAAUUCAAGGCUGGUUCCCGGGUCCUUGAAAGUAUAUACAGCUUGUAUGAAGGCUUCUCCGGGACGGUGUGCUUUCUGAUUGAUCUGCUGCAGCCCAACCAGGCUGAGUUCCCUCUCUUCAGCGUCUUUGUUUAGAAGGCUCCGUGUCCCACCGUGGCCCUGCAGAAGGUUCCUGAGAUUUCCUGAGCUUACUACCUGGCAGUUUCCACAUAAGCCACAUUCAAUGGUAUCAAAACCAUGAGCCUUAACAUUGCUGUCGGAAGGGAGGGAGCAAGCAGGUGAAGGCAACAUGAUACCUGAUUGAAGGGAGAACAGUGUGAGAACCUGCAAACAUAAAGACACCACAACUCUUCUAAAACCCCUAGAGAUGGAAUAGUUCAGGGAAUAGAUGUGAGACCAGAGAUCAGAGGAAAAAGGGAAAGAGAAAUCAUCUGGCUUUCACUUGCGGGAUAGAAAACAAAAUUGAAAUGUGGACGAUGGCAAUGAAAUGCCAAAAAUACCUUUGCAGUUGGAGAGAGAAUUUGACCAUUUGUGGGUGCCCUCCACCCCUAAAUUCAGAAAAAAAGACGAUCAGAAAACUAAAGUAAUUGCCCAGCUCAAACUGCUAGGAGGGACGUGUCAGGUUGCCGAAGGGCAAAAAGGGAAACUCUUGGUUGUCCUUUGCCUUUACUUAUUGAAAUUCAUGAUUUUUAAUGAAUGGAGAAAUUUGCAUAUGAAUCUCUAUUUUUUAUCAUUACCCUGGGCACUUUAAAGAGGUCAUAUCAUAACUUAGUUUAACCCCCCAAAUUCCAAGUUCCCUUAGGUCUUAGAGCAUCUCUCUUCCUGGGUUCCUUUUUCUUUCCGAAAGCUCAAUUAGAAUAGCAAAACUCACAGGCUAACAAAUACUGUAGCAAGUGUUAUACUGUCAAGUGUUUUUCUCAACUUGAAGCAUAAGCUGUGUACUGUCUAUUGUGAGUAAUUUUUUAAAUGCUUAUGUAAUCCCUAUGAAGCUAUUAGCUGAACUGUAAAAUAUACUCGUGGAAAAAAUCACUCAUCUCAAAGAUCAGGGUAACCACCAUGAAGGUGGGUCAUUUCCGCCUUGGAUGGAAUACUGUGUCCCCUGGGACAGGCACACAGUGGCCUAGAAAGGGACCAGGGAUUAUGAAAAGAACGCUGCUCAAUUUUAUACUGUAAGAUUAAGAGAUGCGUGAACUCCCUGGCUGAUCACCUUACCCUCCAAGACACAGGCUCCACUAGAAUUUGUCUACAAUACCCAGUGAGCCAAGUUGUCCUAUUAAAUUCAGCCCUGCCAUAAACACAUAGAAGCUGUAAAACUACUUCAAGUAAAUAGUGUUUCCAGAACAUUGUGGGAGCAUCUGUCACUUCAAUACUCAGAACAUGAGUUUAUCCAUUUUCUAGAAUUUGGUCGGUGUCAAUUACAUAUAUCAGAGUGAGGAGGAAAUUGCAUACCGUAUAAUAUUUAACAAUUAUUUAAAUAGUCAUUAAAUAUUUGGAUAUACGUGAUAGAUGUAGAAUAUGUAUCAUUAAGUGCUUAGGUUUACAUCAGGAUGUAUAUAUAUCUAGAUAUGUAUCUAGAUAGAUAGAUAGAUAGAUACCUAAGCGCUUAUUCAGUUCAGUAGUUCCUAACUUCUUGAUUCAUAGAUGAACUUUGGGAGGAGUUGGGGAAUAUUUUGUUGCCUAAAAAUGUGUGUGUGUGUGUAUGUGUGUGUGUGUAUGCACGCUCUUUUUUCUGCAAAGAGGAUCUCUAGCAUUCACAAGAUUCUCGAAGAAUCUGGGGCUGAAGAAAGGUAAGAACUGUCUGGAUAUUUUCUGACUUUCUUUAUGUUUGCACUCAUCAGAACAAACUAGGACAAAGUGGUUUUGAAAAGCAUGUAUGUUUGUAGCUCAUUGUUUCAUUUUCAUAUCCUCAGAUAUAAGUAUAUAAAAUUGGCCUCAAUUGUUCACCUUUGAACAUACUCAGAUUGGGGCAAUACCCCAUAAAUAGCAGCUUUCAGGUGACUCCCAAAGUUGGGUUCUACAAGUUCUUUCAUGAAUGGUCAAGGACCUCUCAGAAAGCCUUAAGACAAAAUGCCUUCUACAAAGUAGUCUCCUUUUGAAAUGAUAGUGGUAGCUGCUUUCCACCAUCUGGAUUUAAAUUCGUUUCAUCUGACCCCUAUAGGCUGACGGUAAUAAACAUUCAAUAUACAGGGCUUUAUAGAACGCAUGCGUUUUUCAUCGUCCAGCAACCCUUCAAGGUGAUUUACGUAAUUGAUCCAAAGUCUCACAGUUAGGAAGGGGCAGAAUGAGGAUUGAGACCCAGGGUUUCACUUCCCACGUGUUAUGUAUUUGGUAGUCUAGACUAGAACCUGGGGAUACAGCAGUGAACAAAAUACCCUAGGAAGUUAGCUUCUGUUUCUGUUUGCUGAUCCUUCCACCAUUCAUCCUUAAGACCUAAGCACUAAGAAGUGAUCAUCUAGCUCAACAUACCAGUUUCAUCUCUAGGAACUUCAGAAAAACUGGACUCAUUUCUGCUCACCUGCCCUUCUAAGGUCCAGUAUGGUAACUAUCAUGUUGUUGUGCUAAUCGUUGUGAAAAGGCAACCAUUUUGUCAAAUCCAAGAAAAGGCCAUGUUUGUGUCUUUAUGAAUUGACACCUCAGUAAAUUAGAAACAAGGGUAAGCUUGUUCAGCACUUAAACAUGUUGAAUGUUUUUAUUUUCCUGAGAGAAUAGAAUUACAAGUUUGGGUAGGUCUUCUUCUAUCUUGUUUUCCCAAGAAGUGGGAAAAAGACCCUUUAGUGUUGCUGUAGAAAAGUGUGGCAUGUCACUUCUUGUUUAAUUAACCAACCUGUUCCCUUCAAUGUAAUAUUCUUUUUUGAAUAGCGCUGAAGUGUGUUGCCUCUUGAGGGUAUUUUCACCACCACUAGUAUAACUUUAAUGUUAUUUACUAUAUGUGAUACGAACAAUUAUAAACCUGAAGAUAACAGUGGAAAUUUGAGGAUAGAUUGAAAGAAUCUCUCAGCAAUGGGGGAGACUGCCUUAUACUUGGAGAACAGGAAGUUUUGGAAAGUAUUACAACUCCGUGUAUUUUGUUUCAUUAACACAAUUAUGUACCUUCUCUUUCAUGUACCCCCCCACCAUGUAUCUUUAUUUUGCCUAAUCCCAUUUCAGUCAUCAGAUUUUACUUUUUUAUUCCAUUUGUAACCUGGUAACUGAGAACAGAGGUUUGAGAGCAUAUAUUCCCCUGUGCUUCUUUAGGUAAUUGACUACACUAUUAAGAUAAUUGUAUUCACUUUCUGAUAACUCUGAGAAACAGAGUCAUUUUCUUGGCCUGUGAUAAAUUGGAACUUUUCCAUGGCAAUUUGUAUCUUUAACUUUCUUUGACACACUUAAUAUUUUAAUCAAGACAGUGUUCAAAUUGUUUGAAUUUCUGUAGAGAGCAAAUCUCAAUAAUUUCAAUGCAACAAAUGUAAGUUUGUGAUUUAUAGCCAUGUUCAGGGAACACAUGAUUAAAAGAAAAAACAUUAGUAAUGCAAA